CGCUCCUCCGUCUCGUCGUUGCAGGUGCAGGUGCAGCCCAGCCGCGUCGUCUCUCUCGCCUCCUCCUCCUCCCUCCCUCAAUCAUUGCAUUGGGCAUUGGCGUCUCCUCCUCUUCUCUCCAGUGGCACUGCAACCAAUCCCCCACACACCACACCACUACCCCACUUCCCCUUCCCCAACCCCCCCUCUCCGCUCCUCUCCUCUCCUCAUGACGACCAGGCCAGACGGCGGCGGUGGCGGUGGCGGCGCUCCGGACAAGCAGCUCGUCCCGGCCUCCAACGCCAAUGGCACCGCCCUCGCCGUUCGCAAGCCUCCCUCCAAGGACCGCCACAGCAAGGUCGACGGCCGCGGCCGCCGCAUCCGCAUGCCCAUCAUCUGCGCCGCCCGCGUCUUCCAGCUCACCCGCGAGCUCGGCCACAAGUCCGACGGCCAGACCAUCGAGUGGCUCCUCCGCCAGGCCGAGCCCUCCAUCAUCGCCGCCACCGGCACCGGCACCACCCCGGCCUCCUUCUCCACCUCCUCCCCUUCCUCCCUCCGCUCCAACUCCACCUCCAACUCCAACGACCUCCUCCUCCCCCGCGCCGCCCCCUUCAUCCUCGGCAAGCGCCUCCGUGCCGCCGACGACCACACCACUUCGCCCGCGCCCGCUCCCGACGCCACCGCCCCCACCCAGGCCUUCUGGGCGCUCCCGGCCAGGGCUGACUUCGGCCAGCUCUGGAGCUUCGCCGCCGCGCCGGAGAUGAUGGUCGCCGCCGCCGCCGCACCCGCCAUGCCUGGGGAGGCGUCCGCCGCCAGGGUCGGCAACUACCUCCCCAUGGCGCAGGGCAACCUCAACCUUCUCGCCUCCUUCUCCGGCGGCCCAGGAGGCGCCGGGGCCACGGCGGCGACCGGCCGACCCGAGGAGGAGAGCGCCCGCUGAGUUACUAGGGUUUAAUUUAUUUAGGGCUUAGGGUUUGCUUCCAUUCCCAUCCCGUCUUCUUCCUCUGGCUAGCUGCGUGUCACUUCCACUCAAAGUCAGUCGCAAGUCACGUUGCUUCGCUUGCUGCUCUUCUUUUUUUUUUUUCUCCUUCGAUUUCUAGGGUUCGACCGAAUUGAUGAUGGAGCAGGAGCAACAAUUACAGUGCUCAGCAAAAUUGAGCCAUCAGACAUGGUUGGUUUUAGUGCAAAUUUCAGCCCUGUGCUCUGUGCUCUUUGCUUCUUCCCAGUUGGGUUGACAUAGGAGCUUUAGCCGCUGAUUAGGUUAGGUCUCUGCUUCUCUCAUCCAUCCAUCCAUCCAUCCAUCCAUCCCCUGCUGUGCACCGUGACUCCACCACCACCAUCAACAAGAUGAAAAACAAACUCUUCUUCCUUUUCUUGCCUUGCCUUGCUUGCUUUGCAGUAAUCAGGGGAACUGCUCUCUCGUGCGUGUGAUUUCUAGUCAGUCAGUGUGGACAUCUCUAAAUUCAUUUGUGAUUUCCUUCCUCAUUUCGUUGCAUCGGUGUGCUAUGCUGCUCCAAGAAACAAGACAAAGAAAAGAAGGCGUGCUUGCUUGCUUGCUUGUCUGCUGCACGAGUCAUAGUUGGCGUCAAUCACAUGUACAGCUGCAAAUGCUGUGCCAAGAAAUGAACAAAAGAAAUUUACCUGACCCAAAAGAAGGCCAUGUAAGUCGUCUCACUUGUUCCUCUGUUUCUGUCUGCUUGCUGCUCUAGCUCUUUAGGCCUUUUGUCCAGAAUUCUUCUUCUUCUUCUUCUUCUUGUUGCUCUUGUGUUCAUCUCUGGAUUGGAUUAGUGCUUGGGGAGAAUAAUAGUAAUAAUAAGUAAUUGUUGGUAGGCUGGUAGCUCAGCUCCUCUGUACGUAUGCCAUGUAUGUAUGUAUGUAUGUAUGGAUUGUUUCAUGUGUUAAAUUAUCACCAUGAAUGAUUGAGAAUGAAUGAAUGGACAAAAUAAGCAAGGAGAAACACACGGAAUCAAGAAUGCA